AACCACCUCCAUAAAUUCAACCUUAUUCUUGGCCUAUAAACUAGCUAUCUUUUUGCCCUCGUUCUUUCCCAUUCUAAGUCCCUUCAGAGAGACAUAAAUAUACUAUACACAUUAAUUACCCUCAAAGGAUUAGUGUUUUCUUUGUCUUUCUUCCUUAACAUUUGGAACAAGUUUGGAUAGACAUGUCUAUGGUGGAGGUUUUAGUGCCAAACCUUGAUUGUGAAGGUUGUGCAUCCAAAUUGAAGAGAGCUCUCUACAAGCUCAAAGGAGUGGAGGAUAUAGAAAUCGACAUGGACAUCCAAAAAGUGAUAGUCAAAGGGUAUAGACUAGAUGAUAAGAAAGUAAUGAAGGCAAUCAAAAGAGCAGGCAAAGCAGCAGAACCAUGGCCAUUUCCUUCACAUUCUCAUUAUACUUCAUUUUACAAGUAUCCUUCCUACAUCACAAACCAUUACUAUGACACUUCCAACGGUGCCGGCCCGACCGUGCACGCUUUUUUCCAUACUCCGGCAGUUUACUCUGUGGCCGUUGCUUCCGAUGAGGCUGUAGCUUCAAUUUUUAGUGAUGAUAAUCCUCAUGCUUGUAGUAUAAUGUGAUGACUUAAUUUAUAAGUCAUGGAUUGGUUGUUGGUCUUAAUUUGCAUAUUUUAGAUCGAGUUUUUGUUAUAUGAUUGGAUUGUAUUGUUUGACUAUUUUGUCUAUUAGGAUUUAUGAACAUAUGAUCAUCAAUUUUUUAUUUAGUACUUGAAGAAUCAAUUAACGGAUAGA